AUGUAUAUGCAGGUAGAGACCCGAACUGGCUCCUUUCUCCAUCUGAAGAGGUCUCCUGGUAUCAGAUCCUGGUCUCUUCUUGUAGGGAUCUUGUCUAUUGGCUUGGCAGCUGCAUAUUACAGUGGAGAUAAUCUAGGCUGGAAAUUCUUCUAUGUCACAGGGUGUCUGUUUGUGGCGGUACAGAACUUAGAGGACUGGGAGGAAGCUUUGUUUGACAAGAAUACUGGGAAAGUGAUCUUGAAAACAUUCAACCUCUACAGGAAAAUACUGACAGUUUCUAGAGCAUGCCAUGAACAAGUGGUGGUUGGACUGAAUGAUAUUCAGGAUGUGAAUGUCAUAGAGGAGAAAGUUCGAUAUUUUGGGAAGGGCUAUACUGUGGUACUUCGGUUUGCAACGGGUUUUUCCCAUCCCCUUACCCAGAGUGCAGUGAUGGGUCAUCGGAGUGACGUGGAAGUAAUUGCCAAGCUUAUCACCAACUUUCUGGAGCUGCACCAGCCUGAGAGUCUCAAAGACUUGUCACAGAGCAGUGACACGGAGGCCAGUGAUGUGGAUGACCCCAGGCACCAGAACUAAGUUUGACAGAGUGGUCUGAGCCACAAGUUAGACUGCCCUAUCCUUCUGCAGCCUUUGAUACCUCCCUCUCUCCUCUCUUCCCCAGGGCAGUCUGCUUGGCUACAUUUGGUUUUUACCUUGAUUGCUUGCAGAGAGGCCUGUGUUUUAUUUCUGC